AAUAUGUGAAUUGACCUAAAUAUUACUUUCUACUCGAGUUUAAACCUUCACAUUGUCACAAAGAAGUGGUUUACUACUUAACUAAUAAUAUUCAAAACUUCUCAGAAUUUUUACUUCGCUCGGUCAGCUAAAGUCCAUCAAACUUUUUUUAUUGUAACAGUAAACCUGUAAUGUGCUCAUCAAAUAUAUCGUCGAAUAUUGCUGAGCGCCACAACUGUAAAACAAAAAAGAUAUUCUGCGGAAUGGCUACCAACAUACUGAAACAUGUUUUUCUUCUGUUUCGGACAUAUCUUGACAUGUUAAUUGAUGUUGUUUUCGGCUUCUUGUUUGAUGGUAGAAGAAAAGCUAUUCCUGAUUUGGAGAAAAAGCACAACAUAUUAACUGAGAGUGCUGUCACACUUGCAGCCAAAAUCAGGAACAAAGAACUUACAUCAGAGGCGUUAGUGGCGGCUUGCAUCGAACGUAUUAAACAAGUGAAUCCUAUACUGAAUGCUGUUAUAGAUGAGAGGUUUGCAGAUGCACUGAAAGAUGCAAAAGUAACUGAUGAAAGAAUUGCUGAGGGGCUCCCUGAAGAAUACUUCAAAGAAAAACCAUUCUUAGGCGUUCCUUUUACUGCCAAAGAGAGUCACGCGGUCGCAGGCUUGCUCAACCCGCUGGGUAUAAGGGCGCGUGCAUACGUGCGCGCGCACGAGGACGCGGAAUGCGUGCGCUUGUUGAAACAAGCGGGCGCUAUACCGCUAGCUGUCACCAACGUUCCCGAGAUCAACAAAUGGCAGGAGACUCGCAACAUGUUGUUUGGUCAGACCAACAAUCCUUACCACACGGGGCGCACUACAGGCGGCUCCAGCGGGGGCGAGGCAGCCCUAGCUGCCUGCUACGCCUCGCCUAUAUCACUCUGUUCUGACAUCGGCGGAUCGACUCGAAUGCCGGCGUUCUACUGCGGUCUUUUCGGCCUCAACCCCACAGCUGGACACUCCAGCUUGAAAGGAUCCGCGUUGCGUACUGGCGAACAUCCCACCAUAGCGUCCAUAGGUUUCCUUAGCAAGCACUGCUCAGAUCUGGCUCCUUUAUCCCAACUAGUAUGCACCGGCAUCGACUUUAACAAACCCGUCGACAUCAAGAACGUGAAAUAUUUCUACACGGAGACAGCUAAGGACCUGCGAGUCAGCCCCAUCAGUAAAGAACUCAGGCAGGCUAUGAUCAGGGUGGUGAAAAAGCUGUCUGAAGACACCUCGGUUCCUCUCCAUCAGUAUUACCACAAUGGGCUCGAACAUAUGGCGUCACUAUGGCGACACGCCAUGACAGGGGAGGUUGACAGUUUCCCAGCACUCCUGGCCAAUAACCAAGGGGAGGCCAAUGGACUACUGGAGUUGGCGAAGAAGUUGGUAGGCGUGUCGCAGUUCACCCUGGCGGCCAUUAUGAAACUGUUGGACGAGCAGGUGAUGCCGGCCACUGACCGCAAGUGGGCGGAUAAACUAAUCAAGGAGCUCGCUGACGACUUGACGGCUAAGCUCGGGUCAGAUGGAGUGCUAUUAUUCCCCUCAGCACCGGCAGUGGCCCCGUACCAUUACUCACUGCUACUGAGGCCGUAUAACUUCGCCUACUGGGGCAUAUUCAACGCCAUCAAGUUUCCCUCACUACAGGUUCCCCUGGGUCUGAACAGCGAAGGUUUACCCCUUGGCAUCCAGGUGGUGUCCACGCCUGGCAACGAAGCAGUUUGUCUCGCCGUCGCCGAUCACCUGGCCAAACUGUUCGGGGGAUUCGUUCCCCCCUGCAGAGUACUAGACUAGUCGUUGUUCUACUUGUUUCUAUCUUAACGCUGGAUCACUUAGGGAGCGAAAUGAAGUUUUCUAAAAAGUUUUUUAAAAAUCCGCCUUUUAUAUGGCCUCUGCUUUGGUUACUUAUAACAAUUCUAAUUUUGAGGGAAUAUGCUGUUAUUUAAAGUGUGUAGGGAUCUUUGAAUAGGUACCUAAUAAUUUACAAUUAUUAUUAUUUUUUGGUAGGGAUUAAUUAGAAGCGCACGUUGCUUUUGCAAUAAAAAAAUAUUGCAAUCUGGUUUAUAACUCUUCAACGUACUUAACAUUCAAUAAUUUAUUCAAUCUCUGUAAUUUUAAUAGUUUUAAUAUUUUUUUAGUUAGAUUUGUAAGAGAAAUCUGUGAAACAGUCUUGAUGAAUGUGACUUGUUGUAGCAGGGAAAAUGGCAAAAUAAUAUAAAUCAGUUAUUUAUUUGAUUCGAAAUAAGUGCAUAUUAAUUCAAGAGAUGAAUUUAAAGACCCAUCUUCAACAGGGCAGAAUUUUAUAAAGCAUAAUAAAAUAAGCAUAAAUAGUUACUUGCAAUGUUAAAAUACACAUUCCUUGUUGUACUUUGCUCUCCGAUUGUUUUUAUAUGAUUUUAUUUUUGAAUAUUUAUAUUUUUUUGUGCAUGUACCGCAAUAUAAUAAAAAACAUACCAAUAUUAACCAAUACUCGGUCAUAGAAUGACCUUAAGACUGAUACGAUUUUACAAAUAAAAUUGUUCUUGUAUAACCAAUCUACAAAUACAAUAUAAUCCUUUGUGUAAUGUUUAAGGUAAUGGUGCAAUUAUGUUAUUUUUGUAUUGAUAUUUUUCUAAUAAAUAUUCCUGUUCAUA